AUCAUGCUGAAUAAAUCCAGAGUCAUAAAAGAGCAUAAACUGCACACAGAUUCUGCAAUUAUAAAGUGAUUUUUUGGAAGAAGAUUGUCUCAUGUACUCAAAACAAUUAUGGCGCCAUCUUGAAAGUUCAAAUCAGGUCAACUAAACCCGAGCCCCGAAUCUAAUCCGGAAAUCGUCGGAUUUCCAGCAUACAUAUUCAAACCGCUCAAAACCAUUAAUCAUCCAACACUGCACUCGCGCGCGUGUCAUCAAAUAGCCUGCACAAACUCUCCUCUCCAGCUAAGUGUGAUCAUUUUUGUUUUGGAUUCCGUUCGCUAGCUGACGACGAUGGACCGGCAGCAGUCGGAGCAACGUUCGAGGUUUGUCGCUUACACCAAGAGUUCCAUUGCAAAAUCUCGGCCACCGAUAUUGAAGCAUCCGGAAACGCUGAAGGCUUCUAACGGCUCCAAGAUGUCGUCGGAGUACUCGGAGUACCGAUCGUCUUAUCUGCCGUACAAGUUAACCGAUAGUUUGGGUGGCACCCGGAAGGUAUCGAUGCUGAACGUCCCCAAGGAGAGACGGAACGGGUUGGAAGACUGCACGGAUGCGAUGAAGAGCAACAAGAAACGGUGUGAGAAGAACAACCUCCGACUGGUUGGCGAAACGAUGCUGAAGCCGGAAUACCGGGAAGAGUUUGUGGAGUUUCCGAUAGAAAAGUCCCAAUCGACGCCACAGUUGAAUAAUAUAAAUUUUAGUAAGAAUUUCUACGGAAUGCCAUCCGAGUACAAAGAGUGCUACAAGAGUUACGACAAUUUCACCAAGAGUGCACCGAUCAAGAAAAUCGACAAUUUGAGCAUCAGCGGACUGCUGGACCUGACUCCGGAGUACAAAGAUCGCUACCAGAAUCCGAUAACGAGCAGGUUCGAUCGGCCGUCGUAUUUGAAGCGUAAAGAUAAUCUUUUUCUGGACGGGGAGUUCACCAACCGGGUACCGGAAUAUUGCAGCAGCUACGGAAAUCCGAACUUGGCCAGGAAGCCGGCAAAGGCGAAGCCAAAGGACACCAUUCUGCAUCUGGACGGAGUCAUGAGCUACGAACCGGUCUACAGAUGCUCCUACAUUGACCAUCCCCGAAGUCGACCAGUAAUUGCGAAACCAGAGUCCAACAUCCAGCUGGGACAAUCCGACGAGUUCCAGGUUGUUGGCGAAGAAGAGUUGGCCAAAUUUCGAGCACUGCCAGAGUACCGGAAAGCCAAAAAGGAACUCCUCAUCAAACCUCGACCUCCACCGGCCAACAAGAGCAGCGUCCUUGCCCAAAAGAUCAUCAACGACAAAAACAAAAUCGGCCUCCGCCAGGACGGUCACACCGUGUCCACGAAGGUAACGGGACCGGCCGCCGAGGAUGAUCCCCCACGUGCCAUUCAACAGCCGAAGAAGCCUCAAAGUUUCAAGUACAUGCUGGAAAACGGCAACGAAAACGUAGAAAAGAAGCAACCCGCCGUCGACGCAAAUGCCCCCAAAUUCCAACCAGAAAGCAACAACAAACCAGUUCAACUCCACCAAAAACCCAUCUUUCACGACUCGAGGAGCCUGCUGCAACGCAACGGAACCAACGUGGUCGAGGCAAACACAAAGUACGUCAAGGAAGCCGCCGCUACUGGCCAGUAUAAUAGGCAAACCCACCACCGUAACAACAUCGUCAAGCAGCCGCCGCCGGUGAAACCGUUUGUGGUGUUGAACGCACCUGCGAAAACACGAAACAAACACUGGCUCGGGCCCACAACCAUAUAUGAUUCGUAUAUUUACUAGAACUUAGUGCAAAAAACUAAAUAUUUAUACAGAUAUAACCCUGCCGCGGCGGUAUAUAUGUUUAUAUAUGUGUCUAUACCAGUACUCUAGUGUUAGCAAAAUAAAUAAAAAUAAUGAAAAAACCCAAAAAGGUUCCUUUUUUG